AGAGGCGGGCUUAAUGGCGCUAGGGUUCCUGCGUGUCCGGCGGGAGGGCCGCAUUGCGAUUGGGGCGCCAGACUGCCGCCAUGGUGCUGCUGCACGUGCUGUUUGAGCACGCCGCCGGCUACGCGCUGCUGGCGCUGAAGGAGGUGGAGGAGAUAAGCCUGCUGCUGCCCCAGGUGGAAGAAUGUGUGCUGAACAUUGGAAAGUUUCACAGUAUCGUCCGUCUUGUGGCCUUUUCCCCAUUUAAGUCUGCCCACAGUGCUCUAGAGAAUGCUAAUGCAGUAUCCGAAGGCAUUCUCCAUGAGGACCUCCGACUUUUCUUGGAAACCAACAUGCCAGCUAAGAAGAAGAAAGCUUUGCUUGGUGUUGGGGACCCUAAGAUUGGGGCUGCUAUCCAAGAGGAAUUAGGCUAUCCCUGCCAGACAGGGGGUGUAGUUGCUGAAAUCCUCAGAGGAGUUCGUCUGCACUUUCACUCUCUGGUGAAAGGUCUCACUGAGGUUUCAGCUUCUAAAGCCCAACUGGGAUUAGGACACAGCUACUCUCGGGCCAAAGUCAAGUUCAAUGUGAAUAGGGUGGACAACAUGAUUAUCCAGUCCAUCAGCCUUCUUGACCAGCUAGACAAAGACAUCAAUACCUUCUCUAUGCGGGUCAGGGAAUGGUAUGGCUACCACUUUCCUGAGCUGGUAAAGAUUGUUAAUGACAAUGCCACGUAUUGUCGCCUGGCCCGGCUCAUUGGCAAUCGCAAAGAACUGAAUGAGGAGAAACUAGAAGCUCUGCAGGAGCUGACAAUGGAUGAGGCCAAGGCAAGGGCCAUCCUGGAUGCAUCUCGAUCUUCCAUGGGUAUGGACAUUUCUCCCAUUGACCUGAUCAAUAUUGAGAGUUUUUCAAGUCGAGUGGUGUCUUUAUCUGAGUAUCGUCAGAGUUUGAGUAAAUACCUGAGCUCCAAGAUGUUCCAGGUGGCCCCCAGCCUGUCAGCCCUCAUUGGGGAGGCGGUUGGUGCCCGACUGAUCUCCCAUGCUGGGAGCCUUACCAAUCUGGCCAAGUACCCAGCAUCCACAGUGCAGAUCUUGGGGGCUGAGAAGGCACUGUUCAGAGCCCUGAAGACUCGGGGAAAUACCCCCAAAUAUGGACUCAUAUUCCAUUCAACCUUCAUUGGCCGUGCGGCCGCCAAGAAUAAAGGCAGAAUCUCCCGAUACCUGGCAAACAAAUGCAGCAUUGCAUCCCGGAUCGACUGCUUUUCUGAGGUCCCCACAAAUGUGUUUGGACAGAAGCUACGGGAACAAGUAGAAGAACGCCUGUCAUUCUAUGAGACGGGGGACCCACCCCGCAAGAAUCUAGAUGUCAUGAAGGAGGCAGUGAAUGAGGCUGGGGAAAUGGUUGCAGAGAUUAGGAGAAAGCAGGCAAAGAAGGAAAAGAAACGGCUGAAGAAAGAGAAGAGACGCCUAGAGGCUUUGGCAGCAGAAGAGAACAGCAUUCCUGAGAAUGGACAGGAAACUGAGAAUGGGGAAGAAAAGCCAAAAAAGAAAAGAAAACGGCAGGUGGAGGAGACAGAGGAAACAGAAGAAGCCCCUGAGGAGCUGUCCACACCUCCCAAGCUCAAGAAAAAGAAAAAACUCUCAUGCUCAGCAGAGGAUGGAGUAGCAGAGUCACCAGCUCCAGUGAAGAAAAAAAAGAAGAAAGCCCAGAAGAGCUCUGGGGCUGAGGACUAGGAUUUGGGGAGGGCCCAGCACACAAGGCCCAAGACAGGACACUUCCCCUCCCUUCCCUCAAACCCAAUAAAGACAUGAACUCGA